ACAUCACGUGACGCAAAAGAAAUAUUCGGACGUGGGAAGGAAUUCGUCGACACGAUAAUGAAAAGAGAAAAGAAAUUAGCUCUUUGGGUUGUCAGCAAUUGUAAAGCUCUCAGAGGUUCGAAGAUAAGAAUGAAGUAUUCAAAUGAAAUGGUGGCAGCAGGAAUGCAAAUCGACAGAUACGGUAACUGUUUUGGCAACAGACGAGAAUACGAUAGACUGCAGCAAGAAAAUCUACCGUUUUAUAAAUUUUACCUUUCAUUUGAAAAUGCUGAGCACUGCAAAGACUACAUUACUGAGAAGUUUUGGGCUAGAGGAAUAUUAGAUGGGCGAGUUCCUGUAGUUUGGGGACCUUCAAAAGCUGAUGUGACGCGACUGGCCCCACCGGGAUCAUUUAUACAUGCUGAUGACUUUAAAAGUCCAGCUAAGCUGGCAAAAUACUUGAUGGUACUUGAUAAAAAUGAUACUGCUUAUCGGGAGUAUUUUGCAUGGGUUGAAAAACCAUCAGGGGCUUGGAAAGAAAGGCUUUUGAAACUGUAUUCUAAAACGAGAGAAGAACUCCUGUGCGACAUAGUAAUGGAACAUAAAAUUAACAAAGUAAUUCCAUCAAUAUAUGAUGAUCUUUAUAAGGAUGAGGCGAAAAGCUGUCUGGCUGCAUAGCGAACGAUUUUAUCGUACUAUUA